AUGAAAUAUAAAAAUAAUAAUAAGAAACACAUCCUCGGGGCUUCUCACAGGAGAAACAUUUUAGACACACCAGGUCAAUUUAAAAAACAUAAUUUAGAUAAAAAUUUUACCACAGGCAAAGUGACAUGCAUCAUUGAGAGCUUCCUAGGCUCUGAUAAUCUACCUACCAAUAUUGCCAGAAUACUUAUAAACAAAUAA